AUGGCAGGAUCAUUUGCCUCGUCCCUCCCGGACGACCUGUUCGACCAGACGACAAUCGUCUCCCUCCUCUCUACCCUGGCCAUCGUCGCCGCCGCCUGGGCCACGGCCCGCCAGGUCCUCCCGACGACGGCCACCGGCACCACGCGCUUCCUCUUCAUCUGGCACUUUGCCGACGCCCUGUGCCACUUCAUCCUCGAGGGGAGCUUCCUGUACCACUGCUUCUUCUCCUACGUCGACGUCACCACCACCACCGCCGCCGCCGCCAUCGAGAGCUUCUACCCUACCCCCUUCAACUACCUGGGUCACGGGGCCGACCGCAUCUACGGUCCCCAGGCUGGCGGGGACAACCCCUUUGCACAGCUGUGGAUGGUCUAUGCCAAGGCCGAUAGGCGCUGGGCCGGCGUCGAUCUCGGCGUCGUGAGCCUCGAGCUCCUCACCGUCGUGUUCGAUGGUCUUCUGGCCUUGUACAUCUGCUGGUGCCUUGCGAGGAGGGAUGCCAAGGUGUCCAUCUGGAUGAUUGUGCUGGCUACUUGCGAGCUAUACGGUGGAUUCAUGACUUUCUGCCCCGAGUGGCUUACCGGAAAUAUCAACCUCGACACGAGCAACUUCAUGUACAAGUGGAUCUACCUCAUCUUUUUCAACACCCUCUGGGUCUGGAUUCCCCUCUGGGUCAUCUGGUGGUCUGUCAUGGACAUUGCCAAUGCUCUGCAGGUGCGCGAUGCCAAGAAGAAGCAUUGA